AUGUUAUUUAUUCGCUUGGUCAUCUUUUUGGCUAUCUGUGCACCACUAGCAACUACUGCUCCUAGUUGUCUGGGAAUUAAUAUCCCAAAGAAGGUUAGAUCAGCUGAUAAAGCAGCUCAUCUUGAAGAGCAAAAGUCUCAACGUGAUAUUCGUACAAAUGAAAUUGCUAGAUCUGAAAGGAUUAUUGAUUGUUAUCACGAUAAGAAUUCAGAAGGUGCUAAACUUUAUAAAUCAGAUAUUGUUGAUCGUCAAAAGUCAUUGAAACGUAUUGAACGUAACAUCAAAGCUCUUGAAAGUGGAAAAAUUGUGACGCAUACCACACAGCACGGCGCAGACAGAAAGACCUAUAGGAGUUGGCCUUAA